AUGAAUAUUUGGUUUCUGUAUUUAUUAUCAGCAUUGAUCAGUAUCAACUUCUGUGUUUCUAAUCAUACACUAAAUGUCACUAAUCCUAAAGUAUUGCUUAUUUCACUGGAAGGAUUUCGUUUCGAUUAUUUUGAUAUGGCAAGAAGUAGAAAUAUCAAUAUUUCAAUAUUUGAAAAGAUUAUAAAUUAUGGUGUUUAUGUUAAACAAUUAGAAACUGUAUUUCCAUCUUUGCCAUAUCCUACAAAAUAUUCCAUGGUCACCGGACUAUAUCCUGAAAGUCAUGGAGUUGUGCAUGACUAUCUGUAUGAUCCUAUUAUGAAUGAGCAAUACCGUGAAUGGCAAUAUGUUCCAAAGAAUUCUACAUUUUUUAAUGUUGGAGCUGAACCGAUUUGGGUGACAAAUCAAAUGCAAGGUUAUCAAAGUGGAGUUAUUAAUUGGAUUGGAAGCAAUGUAAAAAUCAAAGGUAUUUUACCUACUAAAACUAUGCUUGAACAAGUGGACAUUCCUUCGAUAAAAAGUAUACUUCCUAAUUUGAUGAAUUGGUUUAAUGAUGAUAAUAAAAAAUUCAAUCUUGGUCUUAUAAGUAUUUAUCAACCUUACUUUGAUGGAUAUGUAUACGGUGUAUCAAGCGAUCAGGUUCUGCAAUCUAUAGAACAAAUCAAUCAUGAUUUGGGUCUUAUAGUGUCAUUGAUUGAAAAGCAACCAUGGAUUAGCUGUUGUCUCAAUGUAAUUAUUACAAGUAGCCAUGGAAUGACAACGAUAAGUGAAACACGGAGGAUAUUUCUUGAUGAUUAUCUACCACCCAAUGAAUACGUUACUACUGAUAAUAAAUUCUCAUCAAUUUUUACACUGUGGCCAAAUCAAGGAUUUACAAAACAAUCAUUAUAUCAAAAGUUGAAAGGAAAACACCCUAAAUUAAAUGUUUAUUUUAAAGAAGAACUUCCUGCAAACUUUUUCUACAAGUCAAGUGUACGUAUUGGUCCAAUUGUUUUGUUUGCAGAUCUAGGAUGGGUUAUAAUUCGAAGACGAUCCGACCAUGAACAACCAUUUGUAAGUUUCAGUGGAUAUGCUCCACAUUACGAUGAGAUGAAAACAUUUUUAAUGGCAAUUGGACCAAACAUUCCUGUGAAUAAAUCAUUACCGAUUCCAGGAUCAUUGAAAGUAGUCGAUAUUUAUUUACUUAUAUGUCAAUUGCUUGAUUUAAAACCUGCACCAAAUGAUGGAAGUUUAACGCGUAUACUUCCAUUGAUAAAUAAGAAAAACACAGCCAGUAACAACCGACUCUCAUUUUUGUCAUUGAUCAAAUAUAUUGCGUUCAGCAUUUUCAUAACGCAUAGUCGUCUUCUAUUCCAGUCCAAUUGA